AUGACACCUCUGGACUACGAGACAAGCACUGUUUUCUGCGGGACUCCUGUGACCUCCAGGGCUGCCGUGACAGCCAUCCCUGCCGCGCCCUCGUACGGGGGAGUGCCAGAGCUCCCCCGGGAGCCUGCGGGCAAACAAGGACCCCGCUCCGAGCUGGCGGCUGUCACUGGGGGAGGAUAUCUCAUCCAGGAGGACUACGUUUCCCAGCGGCUCCUCCCGGGGCUGCACAUGCUCGAUGCGGCUCCCGGCGCCUCCCGGCAGCUCCCGGUGCGGCGCCCGGUGCGGUGCGGGGGCGGGCGCUGCGGCUCCCGGCGCUGCGGCUCCCGGGGCCACCGGCGGCGCGGCCACCGCGGCGGCUCCCGGCGGUUCCCUGUGCAGCUCCCGCCGCGGUUCCUGGUUCGCCUCCCGGUGCCGCCCCCGGCGGGGCAUCCUCCCGGGAUCCUCCCGGGAUCCUCUCUCGCCAGCGCUCGGCCGAGCCCCGCCGCCGGCCCGGGCCCGAGUCAUCGCUGCCCGGCUGGGCCCGGCAGCAUGCCCCGCGGGCGAGCCUGGACGCAGGCGGAGGUCAGCAGCCUGCUGUCGCUGGUGGGGGGCUCGGGCGAGGCCGCGCUGCUCAUGGCCUCCACGUCGCGACCCAACGAGGCGCUCUGGCGGGAGAUCUCCCGCGGUCUGGCCGAGGCCGGCUACGGGCGCAGCGUGGCCCAGUGCCGCUCCAAGUGGAAGGCGCUCAAGCAGGCGUUCCACUCGGAGCGAGAAACGCGCCGCAGGGCAGGACACCACUCGCCCCGGCUGCCGCCGCACUACCGAGCCAUGAAGAGCAUCUGGAAGGCUGCCGGGCGGCCCGUCUUUGGCGAGCGGAGGAUGCCAGACGUGGUGAAUCUGCCCUCCAGAAAGCGCAGGUCAGCCCUUGCCAUACGCUCUCCAUCCUCACCAGAGCCACCAGAGCACGACAUUGGCGGGGACACCCCCACCACGCUGCUGUCACCGGUGCUGCAGCGUGCAAAGGAUGAGCCAGAGAGUCACGCCGGUGGCUGCUUCUCUCCUGUCUCCCUCCUGGGCUGUCACACUGACCUGAAGCAGGAAGGAGCUGAGGGGAAGACUGGUUUUCCUGGUGAGACGUCCCCAGGGAUGGGAAGAGGAAACCAAAUGGUGCCACUGGCUGCUGCAGCCACAGGCUCCCACGGGACAGCAGCCAUGAGUGAGCAGCCAGCAGCCGGUGAAGAUGCAUCAGACACAAGCCUGCAUGGGUCUGGCGUGGCAGGCUUGCUCCAGAACGUCCAGCAACUGCUGGUGCAGAUCCUGCAGACAUCACGGCAGCAGCAGGCACUACUGGAGAGCCUGGCCAGCGACACAGUGUCCCAUCUCCACCUCCUCUCCCACAGCCUCGUGCAGGUGGGUGAGACACUGCACCAGCUCCUGCUCCGGCCACAGACCCAUCCUGGCCCUGUUGGCCACUACAUUCCCCUUUAUGAGGGUGCCUCCAGAAUGCCCUGCUCCCCUGGUGCUCCCCACACUUCUCCGGAUCACAAAGAAGAGCCUCAGCUGUCCCCUGAUGCCAGGUGCAUCCCCCCAUGAGUGCCACUAUCACUGGCCCCAAGAGCAAUAGCUUUGCUACAGAGCCAUGGCACAAAUCUUUAUAUCAGAGGUUCCAGAUAUUUUGAAAGUUUAUACUAGAGAGACAUUUUAAUAAAAUUAAAAAU